GGCCCUCGCCCGGGCGGGAAGGCGACCGAAGGGGCACCUCCCGAGACAGUGGGCCGCGGCCGACCCCACGGCCCUCGCCCGGGACCCGCCUCCGCCGGGGGCCGGAAGGUGCGCGCGGCCGGGCCGGGGCCGGGCGGGCGCGGGCCGCGCGUCGGAGCCAGGAGGGAGUUAACGCUAACCCCUCCCCCUCGGUCUGACAUCACGGGCAGAGCGGCUGAGAGGCUGGAGCUCGGCGAGUGAGAGAAAGAGCGAGAGCGGCGAGCGCGGCGCGACUCGGCGCCCGGGCAGCUCCACAUUGUUGCGGGUCGGCCGGGACCCGGCAGCGCGAGCGGCGGCGGCGCGGGGAGGGGGGGACGCGCGGCGCACCCGGCUCGCCCUCCGCGCGCGGAGGCGCACCGCCCGAGCAGCCGAGCCGCGCGCCCGCCCGCCCGCCCGCCGCCUGGGCCCCGAGCCCACCGCGCCGCCCGCCCGCCGCCUGGGCUCGUCCCGCCGCCCUCGGAGGACGGCCGGCCAUGGACGCCUGCAAGUUGGAGCCGAGCGGGAGGGUGUGAGCGCGCCGGGGGCCGGGAGCCCGCGCCGCGCAGCCGGGCAGCCGGGCGCGCCGGGGGUGGGUCCCUCUCCCCAGCCCGGCUCUGCGUGGAAGAAGAGGGCGGGGACCGGCACGGGGAGGAGAGCGGAGGAGGAGAAGGGGGCAUGACUCGUGCAACUUGCGGCGGGCAUCCACCGAGCCUCUGAGCCGCCGGCGGCCCGGGGCCCGGAUUGCGGCCGCGCGGAUCCCACCCAGCCCACCCCGCCCCGGCCGACGGCUGCGGCUGACCUGGAUCCUCGGAGCGCCCGGCGGCCGGCAGCGAUCGGCCUUCGUCUUCCGGGCUGGUUUCUGGAGCGCGGGGAGCGCUCUCCUCGCGGCCCCUCUCGCCGGACCCCCGGACCCCGAUGGCUCGGAUGGGGCUUGCGGGCGCCGCUGGACGCUGGUGGGGACUCGCUCUCGGCUUGACCGCAUUCUUCCUCCCAGGCGCCCACGCCCAGGUGGUCCAGGUGAACGACUCUAUGUACGGUUUCAUCGGCACGGACGUGGUCCUGCACUGCAGCUUCGCCAACCCGCUGCCCGGCGUGAAGAUCACCCAGGUCACGUGGCAGAAGGCCACCAACGGCUCCAAGCAGAAUGUGGCCAUCUACAACCCCGCCAUGGGCGUCUCUGUGCUGGCUCCCUACCGUGAGCGCGUAGAAUUCCUGCGGCCCUCUUUCACCGACGGCACCAUCCGCCUCUCCCGCCUUGAGCUGGAGGACGAGGGCGUCUACAUCUGCGAGUUCGCCACCUUCCCUGCUGGCAAUCGAGAGAGCCAGCUCAACCUCACUGUAAUGGCCAAACCCACCAACUGGGUAGAGGGCACCCAGACGGUGCUUCGAGCCAAGAAGGGGCAGGAUGACAAGGUCCUGGUGGCCACCUGCACUUCGGCCAACGGGAAGCCUCCCAGCGUGGUGUCCUGGGAAACGCGCCUGAAGGGCGAGGCGGAGUACCAAGAGAUCCGGAACCCCAACGGCACGGUGACCGUCAUUAGCCGCUACCGCCUGGUGCCCAGCCGGGAAGCCCACCAGCAGACCCUGGCCUGCAUCGUCAACUACCACAUGGACCGCUUCCGGGAAAGCCUCACCCUCAACGUGCAGUACGAGCCCGAGGUGACCAUCGAGGGGUUUGAUGGGAACUGGUACCUGCAGCGGACGGAUGUGAAGCUCACGUGCAAAGCCGACGCUAACCCCCCUGCCACCGACUACCACUGGACCACGCUGAAUGGCUCUCUCCCCAAGGGCGUGGAGGCCCAGAACAGAACCCUCUUCUUCAGGGGGCCUAUCAACUACAGCCUGGCAGGGACCUACGUGUGUGAGGCCACCAACCCCAUCGGCACCCGCUCGGGCCAGGUGGAGGUCAACAUCACAGAAAAGCCCCUCCCCCAGGAAGACCCUGGAAAUGUGGCCAGGUUUCUAGGGGGUACCGUGGCCACUGUCCUCAUCCUUGGCGUGGCUCUUGCUAUCUUCAUACUGCAUCACCGACAGCAGAAGAACCAGAUGGAGCCGGACUGUGGCGGGACUUCAAUGCCCUCCUCCCAGAAGCUGGAGCCUCCCCACCACAGGCAGAGCCACUUUGCACCUGAGGACAUCCAGAUUCUCCACCUGGAGCCAGGGAAGCAGCAGGUGCAGCCGGAAGAAAAAGAAAUGCAACAGCUGGUCCUGCAGACCCCCUACUAUGACCUGGGAACCUCCCCCUCCUACUGCCCCUCGGGCUCUGGCCUAAAGGACCGUGAUGUCCGCUAUGCAGAACUGGACGCCUCAGCCCUGGAACUGGUGCCGGGGUCAUGGACGACCGUGCCAGGGCCUGGAGAGGUUGUGGAAUAUGCCACCAUCCAGCUGACCCCACCCUAGCACAUGACCCCUAGCCACCCAGCCCUGCCUCUGGACAACAGGUACAUUCGGCCCUCCUCACUCUUCCCAGUGAGACAAACGCAUGGAGGGCUGGAGAGAAACUGUGACAAAAAGGGUAGGGGAGGUGGGCCAGACAGGUGCAGAAGGCACCUGCACCAGGGCCUGGGAGGUCUGCAAUGUAGUCUCAUUUCUGCCGUGAGUUUACUGUGUUACCUCGUGCAUAUAAUUUCCCCCCUUGGAGACUCAGUUUCCCCCAUCUGUGAAACAAGGAGGUUGGAACCAAGAAUCGUUAGGGCUCCUUCCUGCCCCAACGGUCCCCAAUUAUCCUUCUGUGCCUCCAACAGGGAUACACUUCUCCCAGCGGCUGCCUCACUGCCGACAUCACGGGUGACCUCUUAGCCCUCACCCGGCACCUGGGUGCUCCACUUUAGUUUCUAAUCACGGGGCCCCCAAGGUCAAGGCUGCAUGCUCACAUCUCCUCUUGACCUCUCUUGGCUCGGUUGAGCAGCUGGAUUCAACCAACCUUUACUGAACAUCUGCUCUGUGCCAGGCACUGUGCUGAGGGCUCAGGGUUCAGAGAUUCCCGCCCAAAGCAAGGUCCUGCCAGGGGGCUCCCGGCAGAGGGGAGGGUCCUGAGCUCCUGGACUGAAAGAGAAACUGCUGGGCUCUGCAGGGGGUGGUGAGCAGGGCUCUCUCUGCAGCCUGGAUCCUGGAGUUACAUGGAGGUCACAGAGCAGAGAAUCAGAGAGACGAUAAGGAAAGUCACCAAACACGUGAGCCUCCCUGAGAGGUUAAAGGAAGCUCAGGACCCCUCAAACUAAGAAGCUAGAAUCCCAGGGCUGGAGACUCAGCUCCAAGGGUUCACCGCUCCAGCAGCAGGUGAGGAAACCUGAGCUCGGGGCCCCGCGCUGCGGGCUGGUGUGGGGAUGCACAGGGUCGGGGAGGACAGAGAAAGAGACAUGAUGGAGAAGGUCAGGAUUAGCCGGGAGAGAGAUGGCAGUGCUGAGUGUGAGAAAAGUCCCACAAGGCCGCUGAGGGCUGACCCUGGAGGGGGUGGGACCCAGGAGGGACUCGCUGGUGGCCCCCCGCGGCACAUCUACUCCACCGCGUCUCGGGACCCAGAAGGGCCAGGACUCUGCUCCCUAGCCAACCCCGUUGUCCUCCACCCCCCUGCCUCUCGACACCCCCGUGCACUCCUGCAAGACAUCAGCCAUCCCCAGCCACCUCUACAGACAGAAUGUCGCCUAGCCCCAAACCCCGCAUUAGUGUGGGAAGGACAGGGACCCAAAGGGACGCAGAGUCUUCCCAAAGGCCCCCGCACAGCCGCCCUUGGAGAUCCUGGCAUUGUAACCGGUCAUCUCCCUCCUCUGACUUGUCCACCCCACCGAGGAAGGGGUGCUGCAGGCAUAAUGAGAGGGCUACUUCAGAGCCUU